CAGGCGUCCACGAUGGGGCACGCCACGACGCCGAUGGGCUCAACUACCAAGCUCGUAACGGAUCCUAACAAGGGGGCCGGCUGUUGGUUCUGCCCAAGUUUCAGUACCAUUCUAGCGGCUCUUUCCCUCUCUUUCAGUCUCGGCAACAUCCUUCGCUUGCCUAGGCUGGUUCUAAACCAUGGAGGAGGAACCUUCCUGGUAAUCUAUAUUGGUAUCACUGUGCUGUUUGGCAUUCCUCUGUCAUUUCUUGAAAUUGUCUUAGGCCAGUUCUGUCAACAGGGCACAACCAAGUUGUGGCGAGCUGUUCCUCUUCUGAAAGGUGUCGGCUAUGUAAAGGUGAUCUGUUCAUUUUUGCUUGCAAUUUAUUACCCUGUUGUCAUGGCCAUAUCAUUGUUCUACGGACUGUGGACUGUCAAAGGACCGCUUCCCUUCAUUGAAUGUACACAUUCUUUACUGCAUCAAGUAGAACCAGAGGAUUCUUGUUUGGAGAAUACCUUUUUAACUCCACCUUACAAGGACAUUAUGUGGUUCAGUGUUAAUGUUACCCUACUCUUCCUGUUGUGGGCAUUCGUCAUGCUGUGUGUUUGCAGAGGCUCAAAAUCAUAUCGCACAGCUGCAGUACUCCUGACACUGCCAUUGAUUGGAUUAAUGGCUGCACUGCUGUCAAUGAAGCUCACUGAGAGCUAUGAAGGGCUAAAUGUGUUGUUAACUUUCAGCUGGGAUCCUGUACUUAGAUUUGAUACCUGGUAUUAUGCAAUGGUUCAGUUUUUCUUUUCUACGCACAUUGGAUUUGGGAACCUUACAACUUGUGCAGGAAACAUCUAUUCCAAAAGUAGUGCAUUUUGGGUUGCUGUUGGCUACAUAUUCUGCAAUGUUGCUGCAGGAAUAGGAAUGGUGGUGCUAGUUUACAGCUGGCUUGGUGAUAAUAUUGCUACUUUGCAUCAAGUUCCUAUUUUAUUUGUGCUCACUCUUAUUUAUGAUGUUGCAUCCUUUCAGUCAAGCAAUGGACAACUUUGGGCUUCUUUAGCCUAUUUACUGAUAGUACUGUCAGGUUUCACAAGUAUGGUAGCCCUAAUUUAUACAAUAGUAGUUUCAAUCGUUGUCGAGACAAAGAAUAAAUGGAGAUCCUGGUUAAUAACUGCAGCUAUAUGUGCAAUUGGAUUUAUUCUUGGAGUUGCAAUAAUGCUACCCGAAAAACUGAAAUUUCUUCAUAUGCUGGAUCAUUAUGUAAUUGGUCAUAUGGUCGCUAUGUCUACAGCAUUAGAACUAGUAGGAUUUCUAUGGGUGUAUGGUGUUGAUACAUUAUGUAAUGACUUUGAAUUUGUUCUUGGAUAUAAACUAUCAAAAAUAUGGAAUAUCAUUUGGUUUACUACUCCUAUCUUCCUUGUUAUUGUUGAAGUAAGCUCUUUGUUCUUAUUACCAUUAAAUGGAGAAGAUGUCGAAGAUGAUAGAUGGGUUUAUCUCACUGGAUGGUUUAUGUACAUGUUUUUGUGGCUUAUAAUAAUUGUUAUAGGCCUUUGGCAGCUCUGCGCUCAGGUCGAUUACAACUUAGCACAGAAACUACAUAGUUCUCUAAAACCAACAAGAAACUGGGGUCCAGUAGACCCUCUAUAUCGGCAUGGCUGGGUCCAAUGGAGAGACUCAUAUCAAAAUACUGGAGAAAGAGAUUUCACCUUAAAGAGAAGAGGCACACGUGACUACACACAUUCAAUUAAAUCUGAACAGAGGUAUAACACAAUGAGCUUACCAAGACCCAAUUCGACUUAUGUGGUGCAGCUACCAGAGAACUACUGGCCUAAAGCGCAUCAGAAGAAGUCUACAUUAUCAUAGAUCAUAAUUAUAAUUAUUAAUCCAUGAUAAGAAAACCUUAGCUAACGGAUAGAGCUAAGAAUAUCAGCAAUUUGUUAUUUGUAAUUAUACCUAAAUAGGCAAUGUAUUAGGUUCCUUGAAAACAUAUGAUCAAGGUCAAAUAUUUGAAAAACUAUCAUUUAGUAAGUGUGAAAGAUCUAAGGACUUGCCAGAGAUCAUAUAAAUAAAUUAUUUUUCUCUUUUUAAAAACUCAAAUCAGGCUUGAUAGUUAUAUAACGUGUAUAGUUGUCCUUUAUUUGAAAGAUAGAUAGUUAAGUUAAUUUCAAAUCCAAGAGCUCAUCAGACAAUGAGUGAUUUAGUUUAUGUUGGUUUAAAAGACAAUUUGUAUAAUGUUAUAUUAGUAAUAUCAGUGUGGUUCUAGUGAGAACAAGUGAUGUAAUCCAAAGUUAAUCAUUUGACCUCGUUUGCUAGUAAUUAUGUAGAUAAUUUGUUCCGCUUUUGAUUGUACUAUAUAAUGUGACAUAGAUAAGUAUUUCUUUAAUUUUCUUAAGUCAUCUUCUACAAUGAGUUAUUUCAAACGUUAAAACCUAAUCACACUUGAAAUUAAUAAGUAUUCAGAAGCAUAUGUAGUCAAAAACAUUCUCUGUUGUAAGCUAGAAAUUGAUUAUAAAUUAUUUAUUGAGUUUUCAUAAUAGAAUUUAUAGAAAUAUUUAAAAAUUACAGUAGACUCUUAUUUAUCCAGCCAUGUCGAGCUGAGAUAAGACUAAUUAGCCAUCAACAAAUAUUUAAAAACAAUGUAUAUGUAUAUGUAUAUUAAUAAUAGCAAAGUAAGUUUUUAGGUGUACAUAGAAUAAUACACACUCUGUUGAUAAAAUCCGUAUAACUAAAAAUAUUACAUAUUAUUUUAUUUAAUAUUUAUCCUGACAUUAAAAAAUUAUGAAUCAAAUUAUUAAAAAAAUCAAUUUACUUCAUGUAAAAAAAAUAAAUUUUGUUUUAUUUCCAAUUAAUGUUAAUUUUAUUUAUUUAUAAAAACUAAAAAUAGCAUAUAAACCAUUUUUACAGACACCAAAUUAUAAUAUGCAGAUUGAAGAUUUUUAUUGUAAUGAAAUUAGUUUGCAAAAUAUUAUAUUGAGUUAGCUAUUACGUAAUUGUACUUACUUUAUAAAAUAUUAUAUCUCUAGCUAUCCCUUAUUUAAGAGGUGGAUAGUUAAUUUAGUACAGCAGAGUAUAAAACCAAGCAUGAAUAUAAUGUGAAUACAUCAUUCAUUAUAAUAAUACCAAUACUAUUAGUAUAUAUACAUUCCUGUCAAUUUUACUUAAAUGAAAACAGUGAAAAUAAAAUCCUAAAUAUGCGCAAAAUUGGAGAAAACUUUAGGUCUUCACGUAACUUUCUUUUAUAAUUUCUUUAAUACUUGGUCAAAAAUAUAAAAUGUUACAGAUUUUGUUACCAAUUGAGAUUAUAUUUUUGAAAUUGUUUAGCUAAUGACAAAUAUUACAAUUCAAUCAUGAUAUAAGUACUGUAUAAUGUACUUCCUAUAGUUAUUGCUGUGAGAACUUAUUCCUACAGUAAACAAUAACUAUGUUUGAAUUGAUAGGUUUAUAUUUAUGCCAGUACUUAAAAUUUUAAUUGUUGAUAAUAGAAUUUAGUAAUGCUAAUGCGUUAUUAUUUUAUUCCUUAAUGUACUUCAGCAAUAACUUAUAAUAAUGACAUCACAUAUUUAUAAUCAAUAUAAUCACAUUAGUCUAAAAACCUUUAUUUUCAUCUUUAUUGGAAACUUAAAAAGACUGUUAUAUGUUAUAUAUGUAUUUUUUUUUUACCUUUGUAGCUGUAGAGUAUAACAUAAAUAUUCAUUUUAAAAAUGAACCUUACUUUAUUAGUAACUAUAUAUUUAUUAUUAAAACAAUGAAUUAGAUUCUUUAAUGCAUGUGUUCAUCGUUUAUAAUGCCCAAGAUACAAGCUGAGGUUUAUAUAAUGUUAAAAAAUAGAAUUUUAAAACAUCAAGCCUCAGUUUUUUUUGUUGUUUUUAGUUAAAAUACACUAUAAUUGUAAAUAUAUUUUUUAUAUUCCUUUAUUGUGAGUGAAACUCACAAAUAUGUUACCCUUAUAGUAAUUAUUUUAAUUGAAUUAUUUAAAUUAUUUUUCUAAUUCUCUCUAAAUAUAAGUUUUUUGUUUUGUUUCAUUGUAAACUACUAUAUUCUGAAAAUCUAAUGAAUAGUAAAUGAAAUCUGUCAUGAACAUUAUUUAUCUGGAAUUACGCCUUAAAAAUUAAAAAAAAGAAUAUGUAUUAUAUUAUUUAUUAAAAUAAUAAA